AUGGCGCCCUCUGCUCAAUCUCCUCGAGCCUGGCUUCUUAAGUAUGGAGAUUUUCUCCCUGCUGGGUAUCUAGCCGAAAAAUCCCAGCUCUCUGUUCCUAUUUCUCCUCUCGAUUCUAGUCACGGUUUGGAUCGAUUCCUUCGAUUCUUGGUGUUCUGGUGUAAAUCUUGCUGGUGGAAGGUGGAGGGAGCACUGCUUGUGCGCAGUGAGGUUCUCCUGCUCUCUGUUGUUCCAUCUGUGCACCUGUGUGGUGCGCAGUCUGUGAAUGCAAUACUGGCAAAGCUCCCGCCUUCUUGGCGAGACUUUGUGACUUCACGCCGCCACAGGAAGAAGCAAAUGACUCUCACUGAGUUGUCAGCUGCAAUAAAUGUGGAAGAGCGUGCAAGGUCCAGUAACAAGCCAUCCCAGCAACUCCAGGCUCACGUUGUUGAGAAGGGUGGAGAUAGAAAAUUCCAGAAGAAGAAGAAGAACUCUCCACAGAAGAAUAUGAACCAACCUAAGUCCAAAAAGAUGAAGAAGAAAAAGGAGGACUUUAUCUGCUACGUUUGUGGUGUCUCCGGCGCACCAGUCUUGAUGGGAAAUGGUGUUCCGGCAGCAGUUCGAGGUACUGGACAGGUCUACCUGAAGUUAACUUCAGGAAAGACGCUCGUGCUGAAGGACGUACUCUAUGGUCUCAAAUUAGUGUUUGAGUCUAAUAAAGUGGUCCUGUCUAAGUUUGGUACUUUUGUUGGAAAGUCAUAUGAGUCAGGCGGUUUGUUCCGUCUUUCUGUU